AUGUCGCACAUCAUACUGAAAUGGGUGAAUAGUGUCACAGAUGCCAUUGAAAAUUCUCCAUUCUCAUACCCCCAGAACUCUGCCACUUGCGAUCAUUAUGAGGGUUUUGGAUUACGUUUGGUUUGCUUCUUGGUGCGCAUGUGUAUGGAGGAGUUCCCUCUCAAGUUGAGCUUCACCAUGGAGCAGAUUCAUCAUGCAAGGAUGGUACGUGCAUAUCCCAACGACCCAACGACCACAGAUGAGAGGUGGGACGACGCCAUACAUGGUCUCAUGGUCUCUGUCUUCUUUGGCCUUCCCUCCAAUUUCCGUCGUGAAUCUGAGAAACACCCAAUCUCCAUUUUCCUUAUGCUCAUCAAUCUCCAUCCUACUACCGGAAACUUUCCCAAGUGCUCGACCAUAUCUGGAAGACUAUCUGCAAUGAUGUAUCUGUUUCGUGUCAUGGCUGUGAAGAUGAUCUGGAAGGAGGCUGAGAAAUGA